ACACACACACACACACACUCUUGCAAAACCAAAAAUACUAUAACGCUUGAUAAGCUUACUGAGACCUGCAACACAUACACACCACACACACUAGCACAGACACACAUGCCUCUUCCAUCUCAAUAGUCACCUCAAGAAGAGGACAAAUCAGGAGCGUGAGACAGAUACAUUGAAAUACAGAGAGAGAGAGAGAGAGAGAGAGAGAUGGAUAGAGAGAAUUGGGAGAGCAUGAUAGAGUGAACAUCCAGUCUGGAUGAAAGAGGGGACUUUUACCUCAGGAAGGACAGCGGGACAACACAGACUUGGCACGAGAGGAGUGAGGGCUUAAACAUGUUCAGCAAUCUGUUCUCCAUUCUGCACAACUUUACUGAAAGAAACUUCCAGUCAUCUGCUCUAUUUGAGGAUACAUUAGAAACAGAAGGAAUUAAAACAGAAAGUAGCCUUGGAUCCUCUGUCUCAGCGUGCAAGAAGGUUCUGUGCAGCAACAGUGUGUUAGACACGUGCGAUUACUGGCUGAAGAAUGACAAGGCGCUCUGCAGAGUCAAUUUCCAGGAGGACCAACAUGAUGGAGGCUGUACUAUCUGUUUUGUGAGUUUGGGCAUAAGUGCAGCUGACCAUCAUGACAACAUCUGCCUCAAGAAGCUGGCAUCUGUAUCUCCUGAUUUGCCACGACUUGUUGAAAGUCUUGGUUCUCGGCCACUCAAAGAACAUGAAAUUCUACUUCUGAAUGGCCUGGAGUCUCCAGAUACUUGCCCACAUGACCUCAUCCACGCACAUAGCCAGAGAGCAGCUGAUGUGUGUAUGGUUCAGAGUGUCAGUGGGUGUCACCCAGUUAAGUCAGACAGCCUCGUCCUUCAGAUCAACAAGUUCCUGAUUGGUCUACAGUCUGGGCAGGAGAGGCAACGGCAUACUCGAUUGGCCACUCAGCGUGUUUGUGAUGAUGACACAAAUCGUUCUGUUUCGUCCAUAGAGGAGGAUUUCCUCACAGCCUCUGAACAUCUGGGGGAAGAAAGUGAGGAUGACAAAAAUGAUGCAGAUGGUGGUGUUUUAGUAGAAUCAACCGAAAUGCUCAAGACAGAAAAAACUAAGAAGAAGAACUUGGUGGAGAGAGAAGAUAGUGAAGACUCAGAUACCAUUUGUGCUUCCUGUAAAUCCCACAAAGUUUCCAGAACUUCCAACAGACGUGACAAUAUCCCUACUAAAAAUAGCAAACAAACCAACAAAGAGUCAAAUUAUGCCUCCAGUCUUGCUGAAUCUGUUCUGCAGGAUGCUUUUAUCUACCUUUCUCAAGACGAGCCAUCCUUUUCCACUGAGGCAGCGGUCUCUACGUCUAACUCUCCACAAAAAUCAACUGAUGAGCCCACUAGAACAAGAACACACUCCUUUGAACUUCCAAAAAUUGUGAUAGUCCAGAGUCCUGAUAACUGUGAUGAGCCAUCUGAAUGGCCCGGCACACAAUCCUUUAGUGCACCUGAAAACCAGGAUGUACAAGAGACAGGAACACAGCCUCACUUGCAUCACAGCUCUCCAGUUAGGCACACGGCUAAGCCUGUGGAGAUAGCCUUAGCAUGUGCUGCUAGCAUCAUUGGCACAAUCAGCAACCCACAGGUCACAAAGCAACUGGUGCUAGAAACAGGAAAUGAUGAGGUGGAGAAGGAUGAAGAAGAAGACAGAGAGACAGAGCAAAGAGACUAUUCUUUACCUUCUGCAAUAUGUGCCAUACCACAACUAGCAGGAGCAAUAGAUCCUGUAGGUGUAACUGAAGAUUCUUUGUCUGCAACAUCAGUGGGGCUGCUUUCAGCGGCUCAAGCUUCCACAGCAGUCAUGUUACACUGCAAUGUGGCAGAAGGAUCUAGUAUGGACACAUUUAGAUCCACUGUGGCUGAGAUUCUCUUGAAGGAAGCUUUAGAAGUCCUCAUCCAUAAACAGAGCUACACCAGCAUAGCAAACUUCUUGGAGGCCACACAUAACAAGAUUGUGGACGGCAUCAUGCAUCCAAGAAGGUCCCAUCAGAACCAUCUUGUGGUGGACGAUUUUACCCAAGAGAUGGCGGAGAACAUGUUUAAAUAUGCACUGGAGAAAGCUGUAAAAAGAAAAGAGCUAAGAGGAAAGGAUUCCCCCAACAUUCACUGUUUCCUAUUGGAGAGUGUGAACAGCUUGCUCUUUGAUGUUCUUUGUGCCACAUCAAGAAAAUUUGGUGACAUUUCACAAUGUACCCCAGAGUUAUUAGAUAGGAAAAAGAGUGAAGUCAGUGCAAAAGAAAAUGUGACCACCACCAAGCUUGGAGGAGAAGCAAUAAGCCAAUCACAGCUUUUGUCUGAACUCAAACAGCCUGAAAAUACCAAUGAGGUAGAAAAGCUUUCUUUACUUGCAGGAAAAAAGGAAAAAGAGCACCAAACUAUGCAAGCAGAGAAAGAGAAUGAACUGAAUGUGAAUGAGCACUCCAUACAUACUCAAAUGAAAACUACUGCUGCCACAAUUAGGGAAGCUGAAGUCAGGCAACAGGUUUUCUCUUCAUCUACAGGAACUCUGGCGGUGUCUAAAAUGAAUCAAGGUGAGUCCAAGACUCCUGUUGCGUGUUUUGCUGAAGACUUGGCAACCACGGUGGUCUCUAUGGCUACAGAGCUGGCAGCAAUAUGUCUGGAAAAUUCGAGUGGCAAGCAGCCCUGGUUUUGUGCCUUGAAGGCAGGUUCUGAAGGAUCCGAGGGGCUCCUGUUGCCCUGCCGCACGGUUGCACCUUUCCGAAGAAAAGAGACACAAAAUGGAGUGGUGAUUGCCAAAAAGCAUCGUGCACCUCGCCUCAGUGAGAUCAAGCGCAAAACUGAAGAGCAGCCUGAGCUCAUGGAGCGACUGGUAAAUCGUGUAGUUGAUGAAACAGUCAAUCUUGAUGAUCUGGCAGUCUCAGACCCUUUCGCACUUUUUGCCUCAGAGGUCACAGCCAGGAUAAUGAACUGUCCAGAACUGAAUGUAGUGGACACGUCCAAACCAGGUCAGUCAUCUCGCAGCCGUCUGCAAUGUGAGAGGUGGAGCAGUCGUGGAAAAGCCUCGAGCUAUGAAAGUAUCCCAGAGGAAGAAGCAGAUCCUUCUGGAGCACUUAACACCCUAGAUCCCGGAAGCAGACUGGGUCACAACCUGAGCCGGGGAAGCUCAAUAUCUAAGCAGUCUAGCUGUGAGAGCAUUACUGAUGAGUUUUCUCGUUUCAUGGUGAACCAAAUGGAGACAGAAGGCAGAGGGUUUGACCUACUGCUGGACUAUUAUGCUGGGAAAAAUGCUAGCAGCAUCCUAGCAGCUGCUGUUCAACAGGUCACAAGCAAGAAAAAUGGUCACCUCAAUGUUCGGACGUCGGCUUGCCUGUCCAAACAAUCCAGCACAGAAAGCAUUACAGAGGAAUUUUAUCGCUAUAUGCUCAAAGAUAUGGACAAGGAGAAUAAAGAUUAUGGGAUCACUAAGACCAAAGACUGGAGCAACAGCCUUUUGCCUCCACCCUCCAGAACCCCCUUCUGCAUCCGUCAGUCCUCUGUUCCGGACAGACGAUCAUCUGACUCGAGGCUAACCGUAAACUCUCCCAUUAAGGCCAACUCUUUUGAUGGAUUUGCCCGAAAUGUGCAUGUUGACUCUCUCAACAUUUAUCCAUCCAACUCUGUGUCAUCCACAGGAUUAUGUAAAUCCGAUUCCUGUUUGUAUCAGCGUGGUCAGACAGACCAUAUUACAGACAUGCUCAUCCAUGAGACCUGGGCCAGCUCUAUUGAGUCUCUCAUGCGUAAAAACAAAAUUAUAGCUGAACCUUCAGAGGACAACACAGAGCAGGACUCCUCCGAAUCUCAACCACAUGUCCAGCUCUUUGCUAAUCGACUAGCCACAGACAUUGUUGAAAGUGGCAAGUCAUUUAUUGGAUGCCACCAGGAAGUCACGGCUGGUUAUGCUUCAGUCAGUGAGAGAAGACAAGGUUUUAUUCAGUCAGGCUCAGGAAUUGGCCAAAGCUGGUCCCAGCAAGAGAGAACAAAUCGUGGACAGAGGGAGGUUCCUCUGAUCCACAUUGAGCCAGAUCAAAAGGAUGAAGGGUCUGAAGACAUGGAGUGCAACAGUCGCUUGAUCAGCGAUUCACAUGCCAGUGUUCAACCUCAAAGUAGCAGCGAAAAAGUAAUGUCAAUCCAGAACAGGGACAACAUCAACAAGACUCCCACAGCACCAUCUACUUGUGUGGAAGGGGCGUGUCGCUCUCUCAGCACUAGCAGUGAGGAAAGUGGCUCAGGUGGUUGGGCUCAAGUUGCCCCUGAUGAAGAUCCACAAGAGGAAACCACUUGUAGUUUUAUUCAUCUAAGCGAAGGAAACGGUAACAGUAGUGCAUCUAGUCUUGGAGUCGCGGAUCUUGAGGGUUUUCCAGAAAGCUCCAGCUCCACAGGGCUAAACAGUGAGGAGAGACUGAGGGUACUACAGAGUCAGGAACAAGCAGAUGAGGUGACCUCUGGUCUGUCCACAGCAGGAAGUAGUUGUCACAGAGAGCUGCAAGUAAUGAACUUUGACCUAGAAGUGGAAGGUGUGGACAGAGAGAUGCAAGCAACACUACAAUGGAUUGCGGCAUCUGAACUGGGUAUCCCUGCGCUGUUCUACAGAAAAACACUCCAGCACACACACACCAAGGUAACACAGUUUCAGAAAGUGGUGCACCUGGCUGCUCAGAGAUCGUGGUGUGUUGGAGACUUAUUCAGUCUUGUGUUGCAGUUUUGCCGACUCCACAGUGAAGGUGAAGAAGAGCUGGGUCUAUUUGACUGGCUUCUGAAAACACAGCGCUAACACACAUGCAUACACACACUGUGGCAAUGGCGUGCUCUUAAGAGCCCUAAAUCUGUAACCACUGUGUAUGUCCCAUGCUGGUCUAAACUCUCUCUCUCUCUCUCUCUCUCUCUCUCUCUCUCUCAUUUCGCUCUUUGUCUGUCAGUGAGCUUUUUACAUGUUAUGAGGUCAGAUUAGCCACGCCCUCUCACUUCACAGACCCUCUGUGAUUGGAGGAUUUAUUUCCCCUUUAAUUAUUCAUGUGUUGUCUUUUUUGCACAGCUAGUCAAAUCUGCAAAUGAUGAUCAAUCUCACAUGCUGGUAGGCAGGAUAGUUAUAAAAAACCAGCCAUUUUGUAGCUUGAAAAUUUAUAAAUGUAUUUCCAAUGGUGUUUUGUUCAAAAAUAUGAAAUCUAUCUGGAUAUGAAAUGAAAUAUUGAAUAUGACCGAUUUUUAGUUGUAUAUAAUGAUUUGAGUACAGAAUAGGGAAGGAAUUUUGCUUUCAUUAUACUUGUACGAACACAUCUGCUCGUUUCUGUGGUACAUUUAGAGGUGUGUUACAGUAUGUUGUGAGUAAAAUGAAAAAUUUAUUUUAGUUAGGUGUAAAUAGAGAAGUUUGCAGAAGUUAUUUACAGUAAUAUUGCGUGAGUACUGUUUUAUUUGUCAUGUAAAGAACUGUAUAUGUGAUAUUCAGUGUGUGAAAUUUGAAUUGCAUAAUAACAGUAGUGUUCUGGACAUCACGGAAAGCACAAAGGCAUCCAAUCUGUGACUGUAUAUCUGAAUGUAUUUAUCUUUUCAAAAUCAAUAAAAUUGUAUGUAAGAUUA